AUGGAGUUCACGGCGUCGCCCAAGCCACAGCUCUCCUCCCGGGCCAACGCCUUCUCCAUCGCCGCGCUUAUGUCGAGCGGCGGCUCUAAGGAGAAGGAAGCCGCCGAGAACACCAUCAAACCACUUGAACAAUUUGUUGAGAAGUCCUCCUGUGCCCAGCCCCUGGGUGAACUGACCAGCCUGGAUGCUCACGGGGAGUUUGCCGGUGGCGGCAGCAGUGGCAGCCCCUCCUCCUCCUCUCUGUGUACUGAGCCACUGAUCCCCACCACCCCCAUCAUCCCCAGUGAGGAAAUGGCCAAAAUUGCCUGCAGCCUGGAGACGAAGGAGCUCUGGGACAAAUUCCACGAGCUGGGAACAGAGAUGAUCAUCACCAAGUCGGGCAGGAGGAUGUUUCCCACCAUUCGAGUAUCCUUUUCUGGCGUGGAUCCUGAGGCCAAGUACAUAGUCCUGAUGGACAUCGUCCCCGUGGACAACAAGAGGUACCGCUACGCCUACCACCGGUCUUCCUGGCUGGUGGCUGGCAAGGCAGACCCACCACUGCCAGCCAGGCUGUAUGUACACCCAGAUUCUCCUUUUACUGGUGAGCAGCUACUCAAGCAGAUGGUGUCUUUUGAAAAGGUGAAACUCACCAACAAUGAACUAGAUCAGCAUGGCCAUAUAAUUUUGAACUCCAUGCACAAGUACCAGCCGCGGGUGCACAUCAUUAAGAAGAAAGACCACACAGCCUCGUUGCUCAAUCUGAAGUCUGAAGAAUUCAGAACAUUCAUCUUUCCAGAGACCGUUUUCACAGCAGUCACUGCCUACCAGAACCAACUGAUAACCAAGCUGAAAAUAGAUAGCAACCCUUUUGCCAAAGGAUUCCGGGACUCCUCCAGGCUCACUGACAUUGAGAGGGAAAGUGUGGAGAGCCUGAUCCAAAAGCAUUCCUAUGCCCGCUCACCCAUCCGUACCUAUGGAGGAGAAGAUGAUGUGCUGGGGGAUGAGGUUCAGACAACACAGAAUCGAGGGUCGGCCUUUACGACAUCUGAUAAUUUGUCCCUCAGCUCCUGGGUCUCUUCUUCUUCCACUUUUCCUGGAUUUCAGCAUCCCCAGUCCCUCGCUGCUCUCGGCACCAGCACAGCAUCCAUAGCGACACCCAUUCCUCACCCUAUACAGGGCUCUUUGCCACCGUACAGCCGACUUGGGGUGCCUCUGACCCCGUCGGCCAUUGCCGGCUCCAUGCAGGGGAGCGGCCCGACAUUCCCCUCCUUCCACAUGCCCCGGUAUCAUCACUACUUUCAGCAGGGGCCUUAUGCUGCUAUCCAAGGACUGCGCCAUUCCUCCGCGGUGAUGACACCAUUUGUAUGA